AUCAUUUUAUGUUUUGGAAACUUUAGAAGACAUCUUAAACGAUACGGAAAUGUAGAUUUAUAUUAAUCCAUCAGCAGAAACCUUUUUUCCUGAAAAGUGACUCUAGAUAUAAUACUAAUCCUGUUAUUUUAUUUUUCUUCAUAAAGGGCUCCACGUGCUAUUUUUUGCGCUAUCGGUUUAAAAAUGCAUCCUGAGUGAAGUUUUGCAAAAACUCAUUUAAUGGAUUUGUCUCCUCUCAUUCUUCCCUAAUAGUUUGUCACUCUACCUUAUGUCUAAUUUUGGUUAUUGAAAAGCAUUUAGAUUUUCUAACUCAGCGUGUCAUACUUUUACGCCUCAGAACGAGAUGAGUAAAAGCGUGAAACUCUUAGAAAUAGAUAUCUCGAAAGUUCAUAUUGUCAACUUCAUGUAUCAAUAGGACUGCCGUUAUAUUCGUUUCUAUAGUCUACAUUUGACCUAAUUCUCCUUUAUUCUUAUUUUCUACAGUCAUAAUCAAAUCAAUUUGUAAUAAAAAAACAAAAAAGUUAAUAGAGAAACCAUGUUUAACAAUUCAAAAUUUUCUUGAAGCAAAUGAAAAUCAACCAGAUGUUGAAUUAUUAAUUAAUUUAACAACUGCAAACAAUUCACUUCAAUGGGUAAGAGGUACAAUUAAGUCUAUACAAAACUCAUCGUCAUCAUCUAGCAAUACAUUGGUUGUAUUUGAAGAAACGUUUGAUCUGAAUAACCAUCGUCUAAAUGUAUUACCAUUAGCUAAUAUUUUAUCAUUGCGAAGAAAUAAUAAUUUAAAAACAACAUAUCAUGACUACGAAAUAGCGAACUGUUUAUCAAUUGACUAUCAAUCUUCAAUAUCAGAAAAAGAUACACACACUGUUGGUAAAGGUCAAAUGAAAUAUUUAACUCACGGUCUGACAUGGGCACCAUCCUACAAUUUAACAUUAAGUGAACAAACAAAACAAUGCUAUUUACAAGCUAAAACAAUAAUAUUAAAUGACAUUGAAAAUUUACAAAUAGAACAAUUGUCAUGUUUGGUUGGUUAUUCCAAUAUAACAAAAUUUUCUCAUUUAACAGAUCCCUUAAUUGGUCAACAAACAGUAGACACUUUCAUACACCAAUUAAAACCAAACUAUUCAGCACGACAACAUGUCUUAGAAUCUAAUUCAAAUAAAAUCUCAAAUCGCUCACAAAUGUUGGUAAAAGCAGAACAACAAGAUGGUGGCGACGACAAUAAUCAUAAUGAUUUGUUUUUAUAUAAUUUUAAAAAUAUAUUAUUAAUGAAAAAUGAACGUUUGGUAUUACCAAUCUUUAAUUUAGAAUUACAAUAUAAAGAUGUUUAUCAAUGUCAAAUAAAACCAUAUCAAGAACAACAACUCAGUCGUAAUAAUAAUAAUAUUAACAGUUUUGAUUUGUGUAAUGAAGAUGAAGAAGAAUAUGAUGAUGACGAAGAUAACGAUAAUGAUGAAGACUUUCGUAAUAAUUUCAAUUCAGAAAGAAAUAAGAUAACGUAUGGCGGAAAAAAGAUCUGUAACGUCGAAAGACAAAAAUAUCAACAGGUAUGCAAAGUUCACUUUAGAACUUCUCUACUUCUAUGCUAUACCUAACCAAGUCAUCAACUGAGAAAGAGAAUUCAUUCGAACGAAAAUAGGAUUUAGUAUGUUGCCGAGUAAUAACCAGAACUAGCAAUCUACAGACCAUUCUCAAAGAAAAGCAAGUGUGAUAGAGAAU